AUAUAUAUCCCAUACACCCAUCUCCAAAUCCAUCUUAUCUAUCUCUUAAAUACACUUGAAUUUGCUUCUCCGAUCCCUUCUCUAUUACAAAAAAUGGAUGAUUCCAAUCUCUCACAUCAUUAUCUUCGAACUUCAUAUUACAAUACUCUUAUCCCUUGCUUAACAGACAACUGGGGUGACUUGCCCUUCAAAGUUGACGAUUCUGAAGAUAUGCUCGUUUACAACUUCCUCUGGGAUGCUGUUUCUUCUGGAUGGUCUCCCGUUGAUUUCACCUCCACCUCCCCCAUUCAAACCACAACAACCGCCGUUAAACCUGAGCCCAUGGAUGAGUUGGGCCUUACCACCCCGGUUCACCCUCAAGAAGCUGCUUCAACUCUAUCUUUUCUUCAGACUUCUAUUCUUGAAAAUACAAGUGGAGCCUUUCGUUUAGCUACAACCUCUAAUAAGAAGGUGCAUAAAGGGACGCAUUACAGGGGAGUUAGGCAGCGGCCUUGGGGUAAGUUCGCGGCUGAGAUAAGAGAUCCGGCUAAAAAUGGCGCCAGAGUAUGGUUGGGCACCUACGAGACGGCUGAAGAAGCCGCUUUGGCUUAUGAUAGAGCAGCUUUUAGGAUGCGCGGGUCAAGGGCUAUGCUCAAUUUUCCACAUAGGAUUGGCUUCAAUGAACCUGAGCCGGUCAGAAUUACUGCUAAGCGUCGGGACUCGGAAUCAGAGAUGCCUGUUUCUUCCAAGAGGAGAAAAGGCCCGGCAGCUAACCAAGCUGAGUUGGGAAGGGAUAGAGGAUACGGUGUGGGGCACCAGAUUGUGGUAAUGGCAGCUGGCGAGCAAUUAUUGGUUACAUAGCUUUGAGUGGGAAGAGCUUGACUUGUACAUGGUUUGGUGUGUACAAAAUUGAGUUUCUAAGUGGACAACUUUACCACCAA